AGAGCGAAAGACAGAGAAGAACCGAGAUUCAAACUCGAAAUCUAACGAGGAACUCUCAGAGCCACGCGAGUGGCCGCGCGAUACGGCACGAUACGAGUGUUUGAAAACGGCUGAUAACAGUGUGUUACGCGCCAUGUGUGUCGAGAAAAGUGCGAAUUUAAUGCGGCUCUUUUGUGUCAUAUCGCUUCUCUAUGGAUUUCUUCUCCCGUUCGGAGAUUGUCAGAACGCGGAACCGCGGAAUCAAUUCGGCGAGAAGAAAAUAGGUGAUCUACGAGACGAUCUGCAAACUGACGACACAGAUCAGUCGUACGUCUGGGAUGCGUCUCUCGAGGGUAAAAAGGCGCUCGAUGAGAGCGGCAGCUCUCUCUCGUCUCGUAACGCAGCAGAGGUGCCGGAGACGGAAGCGGAAACGUCGCCUCGGGCAGACGGAAAUAGGGACAAGGCACUCCUUCCACCAGAAGGUGCUUCCAACUCGUCCCUUUGGUCGGCUUUGAAUGUCACAUCGACGUCGACGAACCGGCGAAGGGUAGACACGAGCGAUCGCAGCCGAAAGAAACGUCGCAGGAACAAAGAAUCGAAGAGUUCCGUAACGAGUCGUCAACGCGAGACCGGCGAAGACGUUCGCGAGAACGAGAUCCGUGGAAAACGAGGCGGACCAGCGAAAAAUUCGAAGGAUUCUCCGGCUCGAAGGUAUCGCGCGGAGCGACGGAGGAGGAGGAAGAAUCGCGAGCGAAAGCGUGGGAGGAAAAGAGGUAGGACAAACGGGGAUCGAGACGGUCGUAGGAAUUCCAAGUUCAAGAGAAGAAUGAACGAUGCACCGGCCGCUCUGAUGCUCGGCAAGAUCGAGGACAACGUUUCCGGUUACAACGACACGUCGGACGUGAUCUGGCGCGACAACCAACAGGCACCUUCGAACGGGACCUAUCUCGAUCUCGCCGGUGUAACCUCGUCGAAUCUGCAGGAUCAACUAACCACCGAAUCAUCGAAGCGAUCCACGCAGACGACCUCGCGUUACAGGGGUCACGAGGACACCGUGGAGAGGGAAUUCUCGAAGCAACUGGAGAAGGAGAUCUCCCGCGCUCAAAUGGAGGAUCCAGCCAGCUUGGAGAACCGUAUCCUCGGCAGCUCGGUGUCCCAAGGAUACAAGGACGAUCGCAAACAGGCCAUCUACAACAACGAAGUUCACUUCGCUAGCCCGAGAUACGAUGCCGAUAAAAUGUUAGGUUACUCGAGAACCGAGGAGGACCUUCCAAUCCUGGACCUCGAGAACGAGGUGUUGGCGAGAACCCUGAAGGAUUACAACGCGUACAUGACGUCGAGUAUGAAGUUAUCGAUGCUGCCGCGACGCGAUCAAAACGAGCCCCGCAAAAUUGCCGGAUCGCAUUUUCACGGUAAACCCAUAAUCGAGGAAACCGAGGCGGUGAGGUACGGAAAGAAGAGCACGGAAACAGCGAGCACCACCGAAGCGUACGACGACGAUACGAAGGGAGAUUUAUCGUGCAUAAAUGGAACGUUCGUGCCUGCACCCCUUACGAGGCAUGCGCUGAUCAAAUAUGUAAAGUCCUCAAUACCUGGCCACGAAUACCUGGAAGCUGACUAUGAAUGCGCUCCAGGAUUCUACAUGACGAGCACAACGAGCAGGUUGCUUUGCAGAAAUCGUCAAUGGGUAGGAGAGUUGCCAAAGUGUAAGGUCAAGGAGAAUUUCGACGGGGUGUGUGCGGAAGCUUUCUGCGACCACGUUUGCAAGGAAGUCGACGGAAGACCAGUGUGUUCCUGUUACAAAGGAUUCCGGUUAGAAGGCGAUAAAUGUGUUGAUGUGAACGAAUGCAAGGAUAACAGGGGAGGUUGCCAGUUUAAGUGUAUGAACAGCCCAGGAUCCUUUCGUUGUGUGUGCCCAAAGGGGAUGGAACUAAACGAGGACCGAUUCACGUGCAGGGACAUCAACGAGUGUCUGUUAAACAACGGACACGGCCCUUGUCAGGAUACCUGCCGGAACACUAUAGGCGGCUACGAAUGUUCCUGUGAUGGUCUACAGGACUCUGUCCUGUCAGCUGACAACCACACGUGUCAAGGUGCAGGCCCGUGUAGCAUCAACAACGCAGGAUGCUCCCAUACCUGUCUGUCAACCAAGGGUCGAGUAUUUUGUCUCUGUCCGGACGGGUUCAUCUUGAAAGACGAUUGGAAAACGUGCCAAGACGUGGACGAAUGUGUGCAGCCGGAUCUGCAAACGGAAAUGUGUCGUUACGGUUGCAUCAACACACCAGGAUCGUACCGAUGCGCGGAACCAAUGGAGUUGAAGGAUCAACCUAUACUGGACAGCUUGUCCAUCACAUGCCUACCAGGUUACGAGGCUACCCCCGAUGGAACUUGUAUCGAUAUCAACGAGUGCACCGUCGACAACGGUGGAUGCACCGAGGUAUGCGAGAACACCGACGGCAGUUUCUUCUGCGCUUGCGACGGUGAUGAAAAAGCUUUGUCAUCCGACGGGAAGUCGUGCGUGGACAUAAACAACGUGUCUUGUCCACCAUUGAAUCCCGAGGGCCGCGGCUAUUUAAUGUGUUCCCGUAUGGCUUCGCCGAAACCAUGGAGAGGUAGACGAAGAGUGGCCAAUCGACCAGGUACCAAGUGUUUCUUAAAGUGUCCCCAUGGGUAUCAACUUCACGGGGAAUACGAAUUGAGUUGUCGAUCCGAUGGCUCUUGGGACGGGCCUAAGCACGGGGAAUGUGUCAGGUACAGCAAGCCUCGUUUGGAGUGUCCUAAAGAUGUGAUAGCAGAGUUAUCACCUGGACAAGACGAGGCCUUCGUCACGUUCGAUCAACCAUCCACCGAUCUCGAUUGGUUCCGAUACGUCCGAUCGAAACCAUCCUGGGGUACCAGAUUAGAAGCGAACCUAACACCCGGAGUUCACGAGAUCCAAUUCUUCGCGAGACACCCCGUAUCGAAGAAACAGACCAGCUGCGUGUUACGCAUCAUCGUCAAAGGGGGUGAAGCCCCAAAAGUGAAAGACUGUCCGAACGACAUAGAGGUCAGCGGGAAAAAUGGGACAGCGAUCACGUGGAACGAGCCAAUAUUCACGGAUAAUGUAAAGGUGACCCGGAUUAGAAGCAACGAGAGUCCAGGACGACGUUUCGACGUAGGUGGGCACAGAAUAGAGUACGAGGCCAGCGACGAAGCUGGAUGGUCGAGCAAGUGUGUGUUCACCGUUGUUCUUCGUCAAGAAUGAACGGUGCCAGGAGGGAGAGCGUGAGAAGGGCAAGGAGGUAGAGGAUAAACCACGAUGAAGAAGGAAUCCAGGUAAAUGCGAAGGAAGAGGGGUUAAGGUAGCGGGCCAGAAGAAUGACGAUAAGGUAAUAUAAAUGGAAAUGCUUUGGAGUCGCGUGUAAUGGAUCCCGGUUUAUCCGGGAAGUUAAACGAAACGAGACACGGCUGCACAGGUGGCUGCAUGUAUUUCAGUGUAAAUAUUGUUUGCACUUGUUUUGAGAUCACAGAGGUGGUUGAAGAUCGUUCUUACAAUUUGUUGUUGCCAUCUUUCUCUAUUCCAGGAUUAUUAAUAAACCUAUGAAUAAAUUUUGGAAGAGAAAAUUAAUAUUAAAAUACAUAUAGAAUGGUAGAAAUUUGUUUUUUAAGCUCACUUUAAGUCAUCGUUGUUUCUUUAACCCUCAGACGGCGGACCAUGUAGAGAGACCCAAUUUUAAUUUAAUUUUCUGUUUCAUAUUACCUUCAUUUUCUAAAUGUCACACGGUUCCUUUAAAAAUUCUUCCAAAUAUGAAACUGUUUCGUUUAAAAAU